AUUAAACUGGGGAAAUCUAGACUUGCUUUAUUUAGAGCUUUUAGCAUUGCAGGGAGAGCUCAACUUUUGGGAAAAUAAUGUGGUUCAGGAACUGUGAGACUCACUAUGGAAUCACCAGCAGUUUAUGUUUUAAAGCACUCAACAACACGGUGAUACCUCAAUUAGUAUAAACAUGUAAACAAUAAACAUAAUCACAUGAACAUCAGAUGAACAUCACAGGAACAUCAUUGUCACAACCAAGAUUUACCUGCUUUCAGCAUCUGACGUGUACACCUCAACAACUUUACCUGUACAGGUGCACAACCUGUUCCUAUGACAACUGCAUAAUUGGACACUGGUGUGCUAUUUAAAAUUAGGUCACCCCUCACCUGAGCGUACAUAUGUUUUGUUGUGCUCGAUCCGAUCUGUGUUCCACCUGGAACCCUCAUGUUCAAGUGUACUGUUGACAUUGAUUAGACGGGUUGGGGGAUGUGAACUGACGCUGAUGGAGACACCUGUCUUAGCUGUUGGAUGCGGAGAGACAUGGCCGUCCGAUGUUUGACACAAGUGUCUCCAGGGGUGUAUGGAGAUUAAUGCUGAUAUUAUGACGGACCUGAAGCUGGCCCGGGAGUUGGAGGAGAAGCUGCGACUGUCCCAGUCGGAGGAGAUGAAGGAGGUGGAGAACUACGUGGAACACAUCCGCCACCUGUCAGACGAGAGAGAGGCUCUCAUACAGGAACUGGAGGGCGAGAAUGAGGCUCUCAAGCUGGAGGUGGAACAACUCAAGGCCAGUGAGAGUGAUGAAAUACGGAAAGAAACAGCAGAGAUGCUCUCCCAGCAGGGGCUGGAUGAGAUUGCCAAGGCAACAAGCAGUGAACAGAUCGCCUUCCUUCUUGUGGAACGAGCAAAGCUAUUGGACGAGCUGGAGGCGGAGCAGAACAACAGCCAAUCAGGGGACAAGCAUUCCGAGGAGCUGAAGAAGAUCCUGGAACGAGAGCGUGAUGACUUAGAGGAGGAGAUGCAACAGCUGCGGCAGCAGGAGAACCGGUCGCGGAGUGCACUGAAACAUGAACACGAGGAGGAGAUCGGAGCACUCAUGGAGGAGAACGCCAAGCUGGAGGAUGACUUCGGUUCCUCCAAAGAAAAGCUGAAGGAACUUGAAGCUGAGAUCAACAGACUCACCGACGACCUGGAGAAUGAACACAACCUGCGGCAGAGUGAACGGGAAGAACGUGAUGAAGAGCGAAAGAAGGAGAAAGAGGAUAGAGAGAAGGAAAGACAAAAGGACAAGGAAUCCCUCAUGGAAAGUCCACGUCCGCAAAGAGGAGGGUUAACGCGGUCAGCCAGUGAUGUGUCGCUCAGGAGGAUCAUAGAGGAGAAAACUAAAAUAGAGGGAGAAAUUAUCCCCCUUCGGAGCAAGAUCCGCAGCAUGGAGACGGAAAUCAGCAAGAAAGAGGAGGAAGUGAAGAAGAUGAAGAAUGAAAUGGAUAAGGGGCUGAUGCAGCAGCAGCAACUCCAGCUGAAGAACAAGAACCUGCGAGCUGAGGCGGAGGAUCUGGAACAACAGCUGGACGAGGCAGAGUCAAGUGUUGAGAAGCUCUCGACCACCAACGAGGAACUGUCAACGAAGUUCUCAGCAUUACAAGAGGAGGUGAAGGUACUGAGGACUGAGUCUCAGAAGGCCUCCACACUCCAAGAUGUUGUGGACAUUCUGAAGAAUGACAAACAGACAAUCACGGACCAGAUGGCAACCUUGAAGAAAGACCUUGCUGAAGCUCAGGCUGAAAGGGAGGAAUUAUCCAAUCAAAAUACAUUGCUUACAAAGAAGGAAGAUGAACUGACCAAUCACAUAGACUCUCUAAAACAGACAAUCGAAUUAGCCAAUGAGGAGAGAGAAAAGAUGUGUAGGGACAAGGACGACCUUCUGGCCUCCAGGGAGGAACAGGAGGGUCAGUUGAGGUCACUUCAUGAGGAUUUGGAAGCGCUGAAGGUUGAUAAGAGUUCUCUGAGUGAGAAUACAGAGACUAUGACCAAGGAAAACAAGGAACUGACCAAUCAGAUAGCUCAACUUCAGGAGGAGAUCAAGAAGAGUCAGCUCACACAUUGUCAAGAACUUGCCAAACAAGAGAUUAUUUCGUCUCACAUGAGAGAACAAAAUCAGAAGUUGACUAGUCAAUUGUCCGACGUCCAGGCAGAACUCAACGGGACCCGAGUCAAUGAAAAUACACUUCUACAAACACAGAAGUCACUUAUGAGCUCAAAUGAUGAGUUGGAAAAGAAGUAUAAGCUUGAGAUGGAUGACAUCACUGCCAAGUUGCAGAUGACUCUGUCUGAGUUGACCAAGACACGUACCAACCUUGAACAUGAACAUUUGGAGAAAUCUUCCCUCUCCGAUAAACUGUCUUCAUCCGAAAUCCGCAUCCAGGAACUGACCCAGUUGAGGGCAUCACUUGAACAGGAACGAAAAUCAAAAUCAGAUUUGGAGGCGAAGGUUCAUGAAACUGAGAUGAAGUUAGCAGAACGGACAAUGGUUGCGGAUGGGUUUGAGGAUGAGCGUAAGCAGAGGAUUGAGUUGGAGCAGAAGGUGUUUGAUUAUGGCAAUGUGGAUGUCGAACUGACGACAGCCAGAGAGAGGCUAGAGCAAGAACGACGGAUGCGGAACGACCUUGAGGCCAAGGUCCUGGACUUGGAGCAGAUUCUGGAUGACCUGCGAAUGGACAAUGAGAAUCUGCAGCACACUAUGGGCAACAAGGUGAAGUCCCUAGAGAACCGUGUCCGAGCACUGCAGGACGAUCUCUUCACGGCACAAGAUGAGCUGCAGAUAGCACAGGAGAAGUAUGAACAGGCAGCAGCAGAGUUGGAGGCAUCAAAGGUGGAGUCGAAGAUCCAGCAGGAGACACUGUCCCAGCUGCAGAAGAUGCCCCCUGCACCGGCACCGCCAACCCAGAUCAACACCAACGGCCACAACCAGCCCAAGUCACAGGACCUGGUGGACGGCGACAACCGUACCAAUGAUAGUUCCAAAGAUGUUUCUGAACUUGAGACAAGCCUGGAACUCUCCAAUGUCAAGCUGCAGGAGACGUUCGGUGCACUGCAGACGUCCUCCAACAAGGUCAGUCAGCUGCAGCAGGAACUCCGGGCGUCCAAUGAGAAACUGCAGCAGCUUGAGCAAGACUUCCAUCAUGCGGAGAAGUCCCUCGAAAAUACUGAAACCCAACUUGCGGAGGCAAAGAAAGAACUCUCUCAAUUGUCGAGUUCUCGCGACGAAGGAGAGACUCGGGUGAAAGAGUUGAAACAGAAGGUCGAUGCGGUGACUCGUGAACGGGAUGGAUGUAAACGGGAAGUGGAGGUUGCAAAGACAGCCAAUCAGUACGGUGCAGAGGAGAGACAAAGGCAUCUUGACAGGGUCAAGACAGUGGAAGAAAUUUCGCGACAACUAGAGCUUGAUAAUAGAGAGAUGGCCAAGAAGUUGUCUGAGACCAUGGCAAAGUGUGCCACCUUGAAGGAUGAGCUCCACACAGAGAAACAGAGAGGUACAGAGAAGCACAGCCAGAACGUGCGUUACAUCCAGCAGCUGGAGGCGGACCUGGAUGUGGCCCGGGAGCAGAACAGACAGCUCCGGGAGGAGCUCCACACACACCAGACACGGGUCUUCAAGCUGGAGGCCAACGGGGUCGGACAGUCGGCGAAGUAUGAGAGCACCAUCACACGGAGGGAGAUGGAGUUGAAAGAGGUGAAGCUGUACCACAAGAAGGAGUUGGCAACAUUGACGGAGAAGUUGGAUGUUGCUGCCGCUGAGGCCAGGGACAUGAGGAGUCAGCUGAGAGACAGAGAACAGGAACUCCUGAAGCAGCAGAGCGACACAUCCAGGAGCAGGUCCACCAUUGAACGCCUCGAGGCCCAGCUCACCACCGAGAUCAAACUCAGGACAGACCAUGAGAACAGAAACCAGGCCCUUGACCAGGAGAUGACCAAGGUGUGGAGCCAGGUCCGCACACUGAUGGAGAAGAACGCCAACCUGGAGAACACAAAGAGGAGUCUGGAGGAUGAACUGGAGAGGAGAAGCAGCAGCUCCAGGCAGGCGGAGAAUGUGUAUGCCCAGACGUCUGCCAGUCAGGAGGCCACCAUGAAAUCACUAUACAGCAGAGCAGAGACUGCAGAACUGAAGGUUACAGAACUCUCUCUCCAACCUUUAAUUACCAAAGCGGAGAAGCUCCAGAGGGAACUGCAGGAUGUGUCGGUGAAGAUGCACAGCACGGAGCAGAACCUCCUCCAGGCGGAGUCCAACAAGCAUGAUGUGCAGGAGAAGAGUGAACAUAUUGUCAGCCUCCGCAACCAGCUGGAGGGCGAGAAGCUACAGAGGACAUUGCUGGACCAGACUGUGGCUGAGUUGAAGCACCAGGUAGCCAUCUUGAAACAGAGAGAAGCGAAGCUGGUGGAGGAAAACAGAUCUCUGCAGCACAAUAUGCUUGACCUUGAGGCUCAGCUGGACGAGCUUCAGGACCGGAGUGACACAGCGUAUGAAAUGAGCCACCAAAUGUCAGAGGUCGGCAAGAAGACACUGCUGGAACAGAUUACUCGACUGCAGAAGGAAGUGAAGGAGCUCCAAUUUGAGCUGCUCUCCUCCAAUGAGAAGCGAGGAGUGGCGGAGAAACGCUAUGAAGAUCGCAAGAUGAGAACGAAAGAGAAGUUGCUUAAAGCAAGAGACUUUUAUUCUCAUGAAAAAACACGAAUGAAUGAUCAGAUGACACGAAUGGACGAAGAUCUACGACUAACGCGAGCAACGUUACGAAAAGAGCUGGAGUGGAAGGAAAAGAUGGACAUCAAUUAUAAACAGCUGCUGCAUGAGAAGCGUGAUCUGAUCACUCACAGCAAACCCAACUCAGUUAGAAAACAACCUGGGAGGAUGACGGAGGUGGAAGAGACAGUCCGCGAUCGAACUCGCUCCCUCUCAAUGUUACAAGUGCGUACCAAAUUCUUAGAGGAGGAGACUUCAAGACUUCAGGACCAUGUCGACACUCUUUCUCAACAGAAACACAGUUUAGAUAGGCUUGUCAAAGAUCUGCGCCUAGGCAAGGAUCGAAAUGUUGCACAAGCUUACACUUCGAUUGAGCCACCAGGGAGUUUCACAAGGAGAACAAGUGGAAUCGGGAACAGUGUAAACUCAAGCUGGGACCAAGAACAUCUGUCAGAUGCCAUGCUGACGAUCCGAACUUCACCCUCGCAUAUUAAUGGCUAUCUCAACAGAGCCUAUCCUGGUGGCAUGCUCAAUCUGUACUCCAGGCAGGACAAUGAUAGUGAAAAGUCAUUUGAGGGGGAAGAGGAGUAUGAAGCUUAAUUUUGCAAUGUUGAGAAACAGUAUUGACGUGGAAUUGCAGACUGUGGCCUUGAUUAAACAUUGUCGAGGGGAAGAUUUUGACCUGACAUAAAAAAAUGACCUGAUUGAAGAAUGUCAAGGUUGUGGUUGUGAUCUUGAUUCAGCAAUGUCAAAAUGGAGGGUGUAACCUUGAUUGAACAAUGUCAAGGUGAAGGUUGUGGCCUUGAUUGAACAAUGUCAAGGUGAAGGUUGUGAUCUUGAACAAUGUCAAGGUGAAGGUUGUGACCUUGAUUAAACAAUGUCAAGGUGAAGGUUGUGACCUUCAUUAAACAAUACCAAGGUAAAGGUUAUGAUCGUCAAUUUCUGGGUAAUGGUUAUGGCCUUUUCAAAGCUAUAUAUAUCAGAAGUUUGACCUCUGCUGACUAAGAGUCACCGAUGAACUACAUGUAUUUGAAAGUAUUGUCUGAAGAUCUUCCGUCGAUCUGCCUAUACCUUCAAGUACAGGAGAGCGACUGCACCAAACUGUAAGAUACUUUGUAAAUAUGAAGUCAGGUGUAAAGGUCUUUUGUGCUGAACCAUUUCCAGUAUGUACAGAUUAGUGUGGUAUAAUUUACUUGAUAACAAUGUUUUCAUGCCAACCCAAAUUUAACCACAACAAUUAUGUACAAAAACGGUAACAAAUAUCAUUACCAUAUUGAAUACAGGUUGCUUUGGUGAAUUUUAUGUUUUAUUAAAUGCUACAAUGAAUGUGUCACUUACCUCAUUAUGAAGUUGCUCUUAUGGAAUGAAAGUAGAAACAUGAAGCAACAACGAUGAUAUUAGUCCCACCAUAGCAGCAGCUUAUGAGAAAAUACAUAUUUUUGUACAUCUACUUUGUUAAAUGGUACGAAGUCAAUUUCACAUUGUUUUAUUCCACCAGUUACUCUCAUGUGCUGGUUUAUCAUGCAUCAUUCCUGUUUGAAUGUUUUUGAAAAAUACCAGUUUGUUUUAUUUUUGUAAUUUAUGUAAACUGUCUAUAUUUGCCCCUGUCUUAAUCUUGGUUUGGGGGAAGAAAUGUUUCUUCUAUUCAUAACACUCCAGUAAAUUGUGAUAUACUUGUAAUAACUGUCCAUCUUUGUUAUUACUGUAAAAUACCUGUGUGUUUAGUGGCAUGCUUGUCAUUGCCUGUGAAGAGUUGUGUCCCUUAGCUGUGUCUAAAUAUACCAAUUUACCAGAUUAUGAUCCCUGGUUGUCGGACCUAGCGGACAAGGUUUAACAAAAUUUGGAAACCAGCUAUGGCAAGUGAUAUUGUUUGUAUAUAUUUAACUGACAUUCUCAACAUGGAUGAUUUAUGUUUAAUUUUGAAGGAAAACCAUUAAAACUCCUUCAAAGUUUUCGAAUACUUUAUGAAAUCUGAUUACCUAUGUUUUUAUGUCAGUCUCACAUUAUAAUGUGACAAUUAUUAUCCUAUAUCCUGUCCAGACAAAACCGUCCAUUAUCAUGGUGAUUGAUUCCAGACUUGUAUGAAAACCAAAUUGUCUGUGAUUGCAGUCAUGAAACUUUGCACGUGCUGUAUUCGACCCAAUGAGUGCCGCUGUGUGGGGGGCCUAGUUCUUGCAGUUUUGAUUGAAUAUUCAAAUAAGAAGUUUGAUUCUCUACAUGUGUGAUGCCCAUUCUUGCUUUGCUUUAUAAUAAGAAUAGUUCAUUUGUGUGGCGUUCGUCCAUCCUAAAUAUCAUGCUCCAAGUGCACAGCAAGUUGUUAGCCUGCUCAGAGGAUCAGCGUGCAUGCCAUUUUCAUUUUCAAAGCCCUGAGGAGUAUACAACCCAAUUUGUUUAUUAUUCACUAGAAGGUCAGGCCAUGGAACUAUUCUUUUUUGAAUUCUGUAUAGUUUUCCCAACAAAAAUUAACUGCACAGCUGAUGUGUUUAUGUCAAUGAAUCUUAGGAUGUAUGGUUUGGGGUACAACUGACAUUGGUUUAUUGCAUGUUGCCAGACAACAUUCUUUAUGUUCAGGCUCUAUGCAUCACACACAUUCAAAAUUAAUGCUAAUUUACAUAUUUGUUUGUAUGGGAUUUUCCUCAGAUGCAAAAAGUGAUUGGACUGUGAUUAGAGACCAGUUCCUGAAUAAUGUUCAAAUUUGUAACUUGUUUUAAAAAAAAUAUAUAACUUUCAUUUUCUCACCUCCCCCUGUCACCCGUUUUGGCAACCUCCUUCUUUUGUUGUUAUUUUUCUAUGACCCCAUUUUACCACUUCAGUCCCCCCUCACUUACAACGAUUCCCUGAUCCAUGAGGUGCUUAUUUGGUCGAAUUCAGCAAAAUGUUGUUAUUUAUAUAUCCAGUUAAUUUAUUAUAUUG